GUUUUCCCUCGUGCUUCACCAGAAAACGAAAAACAGGACGAUAUGCGGAGUGGUUGCGUAGCGCUGACAAGAACUUCGUUCAACAGUGACUCGUCGGCGACACGGACGUCUUGUAGUAGUGACUGUGCGUUAUAAAAAAAAAAAAAGAAGGAAGACAUAUUAUUGGGAUAAUUGCGGAAAGAGAAAAAGGGACGCCGAAUAAGCGCAACGCACAUUUCCGUUCCGCUUAUUCAGUUAGGAAAUAUCCUGGUGUCUUUGGAAACGGAGGCGCCUCUGAACCAUGUCUUCGGUGGCGAUCGGGAUGGGCGCGGCGGCCAUGGCGUCGGCCUCGGCCUGGUUCAUCCCGAUGCUCGUGGGUACCAUGAUGAAGUACCGUUACGACAUCAACAACCCAGAGGGCCGCGUCAUCGACACCAUGUAUCCCGAGGAGGAGUACGACUUCAUCGUCGUCUGCCUCGGUGGAGCCGUAUGA